AUGGAAGGCUUUGGCGAUGGUUUCUAUGACGCUCAAUAUGCGAUCCCACCACACUCGACUCAGCCCUCGGACGACAAUCAUGGGCCGAUGAUCUCCUACGUCUCCUCGGGCUCUCUGCCCCCUGGCAAUUAUUCUUAUUUACCCCCCGGCACCCCGUUUAUGAUCCCAUCCCACCCGACCGACCUGUCGUCCUUUCCCCAACUUCCCCAAACAUACCCUUCACACUCCGCCCCCAUGGGAGAUCGCGCCUCCAAUCCCCUGUUUGACUAUGAUCCUCUCUCUCUGACCGGCGAUGCCAUGUCCGUGGGCAUGGACCACGGCAAUACCUUUGUAUACGACCCCGCCAACUUCCCAUCGCCCGGUCUCUCCAUGCAACAUCGUGUGGAUGACAAUGCCGCGCCACAGCACACCUUGGAGUCGCAGUCGAUGGCGCUCGCCCAUCACACGACCUACUCGAACCUGCAAUCCGGCCAGCCGGCGUCCAGUCUCUACUGGGGGAUGGGCGAGCCGUCCCAACCGCAGUCGGACAUGGUGGAUGGACCAUCCCAGAUGACGCAGCCAGAUGCCGCACCCUCGCGUCGACAGCCCCAGGAGGCCCAGGCCUUCCCCCAACCGCCACCGGGGUACACUCAUCGGUACAUCCAGCCCAAAGGACCGGCUCCAACCAAGGGAGCGCUUCCCUCCGGGGCCAAAGACGCUACCGGGGUGGAUUCCCAGUAUGCCAGCAUCUACUCCAGUAGCGGGUUCGAUAUGAUGGGUGUUUUGGCGCAAGUCGUCUCCAGACCGAACCCCAAGAUCAACAUCGGCGCCGUCGAUCUCUCGUGCGCCUUCGUCCUGUGUGACAUCACCAAAGAGGACCAUCCCAUUGUGUACGUCUCCGAGGCGUUUGAGCGGCUGACGGGAUAUACCGAAGACGAGAUCCUCGGCAAGAAUUGUCGCUUCCUGCAAGGUCCCGAUGGAGUGGUUCAUCAAGGCAUGCGACGGACCUUUGUCGACCAGCAAACCGCGUUUCGGCUGCGAUCGACCAUUGAAGAACGGACGGAGAUCCAAGCAAGUCUGAUCAACUACCGUAAAGGAGGACAGCCGUUCAUGAAUCUGAUCACGAUGAUUCCUGUUCGGUGGAACUCGGCCGACUACCGGUUCUACGUUGGGUUCCAGGUCGACCUGGUGGAGAAGCCCGACGCCGUCACCCGGAGGAAUCCAGAUGGCACCUACAUCGUCAACUACCAGCGGAGCAAGCUCCCCCGUUACGUCGUCCCCCCGGAGGAGGUCUAUCGCAUGCGCCCUGACCUCGUGCCCCAGUUCAACCCGGCCCAAGUCUCGAUCAUUCUAGGCAACCUGCGCGGCCCCAACCCGACCUACCGAACAUACUUGGAUCGCGUCCUGGCGGACAAUACGGGUGACGUGCUUCACGUCCUCUCCUUCGAAGGCGAAUUCCUCUACCUCUCGCCGUCCUGUCGAGCGAUGCUCGAGUAUGAUUCCGCCGAAUUGAUCGGCAAGACGCUGUCGACCAUCUGCCACCCCAGCGACAUUGGCCCGGUGAUUCGAGAUCUCCGCGCCUGCACCAACUCCGACCCGAUCACUGUGUUGUAUCGGAUCCGGCGCAAGCACAGCGGCUAUGUCUGGUUUGAAAGCCGCGGUGCGUGGCAUAUCGGCGAGCGCGGCCGACAGCAUAUGGUGCUCGUGGGACGGACGCGGUCGGUGUACUGUCUGGACCAGGUGGCGAAGAUCCGACAGCGUGACGGCAUGGCCGAGAACGAUCUGUGGGCGAAACUGUCGCUGUCCGGGAUCAUUCUCUUCAUCUCGUCCAAGGCGCGGCCCGUGCUGGGCCGUCCCGCGGACGAUCUCAUCGGCAAGGGGAUCCAAGAGCUGGUGGAUCUGCGUGCCGAGGCGCAGCAGGCGCUGGAAGCGGCGCGCACCGGACGCGAGACCACGUUCACGCACCGCAUCCGCCACAAGAAGGGACACAUGCUGCCGGCGCGGACGACGCUGUUCCCUGGCGACACCAAAGAGGGCGUGCGACCGUCCUUCUUGGUGGCGCAGUUGUGCUUCCCGCGCUCGCCGCAGGGCACGCCCACCAGCGACGACUCCAGCACGGUGCGUAUGUCCGAGUCGGACCGCAACAACAGCCAGAGCUCAGACGAGUUGAUCACCUCCGGGUGCAGCCGGCUCCCCAGCGGCAACGACUACGUGCCGACACUGCGGACGCCGCGGCCACUCUUCCCGGAGCUCCAUCCCACGCGCGGGUCGAGCUGGCAGGUGGAGCUGCGCGAUCUGGAGAAACAGAACCGGGGCCUGGCGGACGAGCUGCAGCGGCUGCUCGCACGACGGAAGAAGCGCAAGCGCAAGCUGACGUCGACGCUGGUGGAGAAGGUCUGCGCGAUGUGUCAGACGCGCAAGACGCCCGAAUGGCGCCGCGGGCCCAGCGGGAACCGCGAUCUCUGCAACAGCUGCGGAUUGCGAUGGGCGAAGCAAGUCCGCGCAGGACGGAGUUGA